ACUCAGAGACUUUCCACACUACACUGGGAACCAAUGACUUCUGCAAUGCUGCCCCAAUGGGAACUGGCUUUUUGCCUGCUUGCUUCCCUGGGCUUCCACUUCUACUCUUUCUAUGAAGUUUACAAAGUCUCCAGGGAGCAUGAAGAUGAACUGGACCAAGAAUUUGAGCUGGAGAGGGACACUCUAUUUGGAGGAUUGAAGAAGGACUCGACUGACUUUGAGUGGAACUUCUGGCUGGAAUGGGGGAGGGGGAGCCUGGUGUGGCUCUUACUUGGCCAUGCAGCUGUGUCUCAAUUGGCCAUACUGCUGGCGAAGAAGCACAGAGCCUGGAUCAUCAUGGUCUAUGGAAUGUGGGCCUGCUGGUGUGUGCUGGGGCUUCCAGGCAUGGCCAUGGUCUUUCUCCACACCACCAUCACCUUCUGCGUGGCCCAGUUUCGGUCAGUGCUCUUGUCCUGGCUGUGUUCUCUCCUCCUGCUCUUCACCCUGAGGGUGCAAAGUGUGGAGGAAGUUAAGAGGCGGUGGUACAAGGCAGAAAAUGAAUACUACCUGCUACAGUUCACACUGACUGUUCGCUGCCUGUACUACACCAGCUUUAGCCUGGAGCUGUGCUGACAGCCCCUGCCUGCCCAGCGCAUCUUGUGGUUACUGGCUUAUGUCUUCUAUUAUCCUGUCUUCCACAAUGGGCCCAUCAUCAACUUCCCAGAGUUCUUCAAACAGAUGCAGCAGCCAGAGCUCAGCUCUUCAAAGCACAGUCUUGGCAUUCUGGCCAAGGGCUUGGGCCGCCUGCUGUGCUGGUGGUGGCUGGCUGAACUGAUAGUCCACCUCAUGUACAUGCAUGCCCUCUACAACAGCAUAUCCCUCCUGGAGAGUGUUUCCUGCUGGACCCUAGGAGGACUGGCCCUGGCCCACAUACUCUUCUUCUAUGUGAAAUACUUGGUGUUCUUUGGUGCUUCAUCUCUCCUCAUGCUCCUGGAUGGACUCAUACCACCACCUCUCCCCCGCUGUGUGAGCACCAGCUUUACAGGGAUGUGGAGGUAUUUUGAUGUUGGACUACACAAUUUCUUAAUCAGGUAUGUGUACAUUCCACUGGGUGGGUCCCAGCAUGGCCUGCUGGGGACACUGCUCUCUACUGCAAUGACGUUUGCAUUUGUGAGCUGCUGGCAUGGCAUCUAUGAGGACCUCUGGUGCUGGGCAGCGCUCAACUGGCUAGGAGUCACCGUGGAGCGUGGAGCCCAGAGGCUGCUGGAGAGGCCCUGUGUCCGGGAGACCUUGACCCAGUAUCUCUCCCCACAAGCUCGCGGUCAGCUGCAUGCUCUGCUCGCCUCCUGCUCCACCUUUAUGCUGAUCCUGUUCAACCUGGUGUUCCUCGGGGGAAUUCAAGUUGGAAAAACCUACUGGUACAGGAUCUUCCUAUAA